AUGACAGAGUCCUCCCUUCUCACCACGCAUCCCACACCCACCCACUACCCGGUCACCGCCGCUCCCUCUCUGGCCUCUCCUUUACCCAACGGCUCUCCCUCAGACACCAACUUUCAAGAUGAGGAGGAAUACACCAUCAAAUGCAUUUGCAUUUACGCAGAUGAUGAUGGCAAUACCGUAUACUGCCCCAAAUGCGACACCUGGCAGCACAUCGAGUGCUACUACCACGGCAAAAAGGUGCCCGAAGAGCAUUUUUGCGCGGACUGUUUCCCUCGAGAUCUUGACGCAAAGAAGGCCACUGAGCGACAACGUAGGCAUCGAGAGGCACUCGACGGCGGUGACCGGAAGGUCAAGCGACCAACCUCCAAAAGUCAAAAAAAGAAACACAAGGACGCGAGUGCGACGACCGAACAGGUAAAUGGCUGGCAUCACGAUCGCCAUGAAUCUGUCGCCAGCGCAAGGGAUGGGCCUCCUGCGAAGAAACCGAAGACAAGUCACCGCACGUCGGGUUCUGUCAUUUCAACAAACGGCGAAACUCGAAAACGCGCCACUUCCACAGUUCAGUCAUACCCCAGUCCUUCCAAAUCGCCCCAAGACCUCUUCCGUUUUCCUGCCAUUCCCACGUAUACCACAGAUUUCCUUGAACUCUACGAACGCGAUGAAGGAAACACAAACGCCCGAGAUAACGAGCAGACAAUUCAGGCUACCAAUACGCUCUUCGCGUGGCGGACUGACCCGUCUUUGGUGGUCAGCAGCCCUGGGCAACAACCCACUGCGAAAUCUCCCUUUGUGCGUGCAAACCACGGCCUGGACCAGAGCACUUGGCCAGAAGUCGCGGUAGAAACCAUCCACAAGAAAGAUGUUGAAUACGAAGGCAGAAGUCCCACAUGGCGCUUUUUGCGUGUGCAAUCUUCCGUGAAGAAGGACGAAAUUGUUGGCGAAGUUCGUGGCCAGGUCGGCACGCUGGAAGAGUAUUGCCAGCAGAAGUCUUCGUCGAACAGAUGGCAAGAGUUGAGGCACCCAGACCCCUUUGUCUUCUUCCACCCACACAUGGACAUCUACAUUGACAGCCGAAAAUCCGGAACUCGCUUCCGGUAUCUGCGACGGUCUUGUCGACCGAAUGUUACCUUGAAGACAUUUGUUUCCGACAACGAGACUCGGCAUUGCUUUGUCGCUAGCAAGGAUAUUCCGGCGGGUGCCGAACUCACCACUAUGUGGUUUCUCGACUCGGCAAUGUUCAUUACUGACGAUUCUGAACAAGGCCAAACCCGACGCCUCGACUGGGUCAGCCGUGUCCUUGCGAAUUUUGGAGACUGUGCCUGCGACGCUGGUCAAGCAUGUUUACUCGCGCCAUUUGAUCGAAGAUAUCCGGCCAAACCGGUGGAAAGUGCGCCGAAGGAAAAGGGAGGCAGAAAAAAGAAAAGUAAGAUGAACCAUACUAUCUCGCCCUUCAGUACUGGACAUGCCACCAACAGUCGCGCAGGAAGCGAACCCAAGGUGCUCGACGACGAAGACCAGUUCGAUCGCCGAUCCACUUCUGAGUCCUCUCGCAGCGGUAUGCUGAGCAGAGACAUCACUCCAGUCAACGUCGCGGCUCUUGACGCGGACCCAGUCCUUGGAAACGGCCUGACUGCUCGGGAACUGCGCAAAAUACAAAUGGCGGAGAAAGCGUUUGCGCAAAGGGAACAAGAAAAGAAGGAUCAAAGCGGACAAGGCCAGCAGCGGAAGAAGAAACGCACAAGCGGCGGUUCGACCUUGAACACCCCGAAUGUGAAUGCCUCGAAGCCACUCGGGCAUCAGUUGACUUCGCACCCUCACACCCCCAACAAUCAGCCUCUGAAGUACAAUGACGCCUCUUUAGGCUCGCCACCACCGGCUCGAGGCUCUGCAGGUCGAGGUAAAUCUAUGGAUGCACCCGGCCGGAUGGAGACGAGAAUACAGCGACCCGUAUAUGUCAGUGUUGCUGUGCAGACGGAUCCGGAGGAGCUUGAAAUGCCCAUGCCCCGGCCCGCCAAAAGGAGGAGAUUCUGUACGCCCACGCAGCGGUUGCUUAGAAGACUCCUGGAGGAUCGGGCCGAACAUGGACAACAAUGUCCUCCACAAGGGAUGCCUGCCUCAGCGUCGAGCCAUCACACACUUGAACGUCCCUCAAAGACGGAAGAUGUAGAAAUGAAAGACGCCAGCGAAAGUGUGGAUGCCCGAAGUGUCGUGAGUGCCGAGCCGGACGGACAGUCUCCUCCAGGAAGCAGCAGUCCCGUCAACGUGGGAGCUACCACAUAUCCUCUCCCAUCGCAAGCGGCACACACGUUCAAAGCCUUCAGCAGAUCUUCGCCUGCUCCGAAGCUGCACUUAUCAACUCUGCCACCAGUCCCGGCGUUUCCGACUUCGGCAACUUCUGCUUCGUCGUCUUCUACCACGGUGACAACUCCCGGACUGACGACGUCAGCGACAGCGCAUUCGCCUAUCCCAUCGAACUCGGCGUCCUCCAGCUCAUACCCCGCGAUGAUCAAUGCUGCUGUCACCCCUAGCCCCGCACGGAAGAAACUCAGCUUAGGAGACUACAUGAGUCGUCGUCUGGCAUCCACGCCCUCAGCCGAGAAGUCCCAAGUGCAGGCGAUCCUGGGCACAGGCGAGGCUGAACCCUCAAAAGCGCUGGCAGAAGCGAGACAACAAUCUCCCGGAACCGUCGAGUCAGCACCCGGGAAUGCGCGACCAGCCGAAGCAUCUGCUCAACAGACACCUCCUGAGGCAGGCAUUUCAAGUGGUGCAGUCAAGGACACACCAAUGACGGAAGCCGAAGAACCAGCAUACAGCCCUCCUGAUGUGUUGGCGGUGGCGCCCAAACCUUCUUCAUCUCCGCCCAAAAUGGCUAGUGCUGCACCAUCGGCGAACGAAACGAUCAACAUACCGAGGGAAAUGUCGAACGUCCUCGCCCAGCUGGCGCAAUUUACCAACGACUCAAGGGGUGUGCGAUAA